UCCACUUCCCCUUCACGGCGGCUCCUGCCAUCUUUACCCGCCGACUACUCUUCGGCCCGCCCGCCAGCCCGCCUGCUCGCAGCCUUCUCACGAUGGCGCCCAAGAGGAAGGCCGGUGGCCUGCACAAGCUGCCCGAGCUGCUGGCGCCCGGCGAAGUGCUCUCCGACGUCGUCAAGAAGGAGUGGAAGCUGGGCCGAGCCGUGGGCGAGGGUGGAUUCGGCCGUCUCUACCUCGCCGCCCAGAACACCUCCCAGCCGGUCGGAGAGGAUGCCGACUAUGUGAUUAAAGUGGAGCCUCAUGAGAACGGGCCCCUCUUCACGGAGCUCAAGUUUUACCAAAGAGCAGCGAAACCCGAGCUCAUUGAAAAGUGGGUGAAGGAGAAACGUUUGAAAUUUCUUGGAGUUCCACGCUACUGGGGCAUGGGGAUGCUGGAGAAGAAGGGCAGCGCAAUGCGCUUCAUGGUGAUUGACCGUUUCGGGAGCGAUCUUCAGAAGGUACUGGAAGAGAACGGCAAGAAGAUUCCUCGGAAAGCGGUCCUGCAGCUCGGUCUGAAGCUGCUUGACAUCCUUGAGUACAUCCACGACAAUGAGUACGUGCACGCGGACGUCAAGGCGGCCAACCUCAUGCUCGGCUUCAAGGAUAAAAACCAGGUUAGCCUGGUGGACUAUGGCCUGGCGUACCGCUACGGCCCCUGUGGGGUUCACAACAAGUACAAGGAAGACCCCAAGCGCUGCCACGACGGGACGAUUGAGUUCACCAGCAUUGAUGCGCACAAGGGAGUAGCCCCGUCGCGCCGCGCUGACGUGCAGAUCCUGGGCUACUGCCUGCUGCAGUGGCUGUGCGGAAAACUGCCCUGGGAGGACAACCUCAAGGAUCCCAACUACGUGCGCGACGCCAAGAUCAGGUUCAAGGACAAUAUUCCUGAGCUCAUGAACAAGUGUUUCCCCCCAUCGCAGGAGAAGCCAGCCGAGAUUGCCGAGUACAUGGCGUACGCCCACGCCAUUGGCUACGAGGACCGGCCCGACUACCAGAAACUCCGCACCAUCCUCACCAGGGGCCUGCGGGCCAUCGGGGGCAAGGAGGACGACCAGCUGACCUUCCGCUUCGGUCCCGCGCGCACCGACAGGCCCGCGGCCACUUCCGCCAAGCAGCGUUCGGCCGGGACCGCAUCUGCCCGGAGGAAGCAGCAGCAGGAGGACGGGGCGGGCGAGGUGGUGGUGGAGCCGUUGAGUAAGAAACGGCAACGGUCGCCCGCAACUACUCCCUCCUCCCAGGCGGCCGCCGCCGCAGCCGCCAACGGUCGCGGCAGAGCGCGGCCGCCCGUGUCCUAUGCCGAGCUCGACGAGAGCAUGGAGGAGGACGAGGAGGAGGAUGAGAUCCGUCUGCUCAAGUCGAAGGCUUCGUCCACGCGCGCGAGGAAAGCGCCUGCUGUUGCCCCCCCCUCGUCGGAUGCAGGUGGUGCGGCCCGAGGUCGCAAGUCCGCGGCGGGGAAGGCCAAGGCCGCCAAGGCGAAGGACCUAGCGGAGACCGCGACACAGACGACCCCGAGCCUGGCUCGCCAGAAGCACAAGAGAUAAACCCAGAGAGAGAGAGUGAACGGUCAUCCCCCUCACUGUCUGUAGCUGCUUGCAGUUGCACCUUUCUGUGCAUGGUGCAGCGCUAUGGUUUAUCCAGAGAGGCCGCGCGGGGAAGGCACGAGGCACGUGUGUGUGUGAAUGUUUGUGUAUGUUCAUGUUUGAAUGUGGCUGUGAGUGUGUGUAUUCUUGUGUGUAGGUAUGAGAGUGUGUGUUUUCAUAAGUGUGUGUUUGUGUAUUCGUGUGUGGUGCUCGCUAACACCACUUGUCCUAACAGUCUGUUAAAGCUAUACGGGGAUCUUUGUAUGAUUUUGUGUGCACGUGUGUUUGUAGUCAUGUCCUUGUUUGUGGGUAUGAGUGUGCGUAUGUAUUAGUGUCUGCAGCAAGUUGGCACAGUAGGGGACACAGCUGGUGCAUCUGAUAGUCAUCUCAGUCAGCCAACCCAUGGCACCUGGGUCUGUCCCAUGGCCUCGUCUGAGCGAGCCUUCGACACUUAAUAUGACGUCACCGCCACUUAGUGGCGAAUGGCGGUCGUUAUUACGGUGUGUUCAUAUGUUUUUGUGUGUCUUGCUAUGAGAUUGUGUGUUCGUGUGUGCGCGCCUGUGUGUGUUUUCGUGUGUGUAUUUGUGUGCGGGAGUCUGUGUGUGCACGCGUGCUUGUUUGUGUGUAUUUGUGUGCCUGUGGGCGCUUGUAUGUUUGUGUGCCAGUGUGUGUGUGUGUCGCCGCUCUUGUUUGGAAUGUUCUCUUUAUUGGAAGUCAACCUGAACCUGAUCCCAUCUGGUCCCCCGUGUUUCUCUCUGCAUCUGUCGACCAGGUUACCCGCACACCCUUCGCAGCUGCUUGGGCCUCCCCCUCUCGGUUUUACAAAUCCCUGUUGGACCCCCCCCCCGCACCUUGUGUUUUCACGCGACCUGCCAUCACGUUCCUUUUUUGUCAGAUCUACCCACCCCCCUCCCCCCUAACCACCCCCGCCCCCCUCGCCGCCACCGUGCGCGUUGGGUCCUGCGAACGUUUAAUGCUCAAGGCGUCGUCAGUUUUAUUUUGACUUGUUUUUUUUCAUACAAUAAAAGUUCAAACCGA